AUGGGUUCACUGUUUCGGUACAGCUUUCCCGCCUUCUCCGAGUUAAGAGAGAGAGCGAGAGAAGGGGAAAAAAAACCCCGGGGCCUAGAGUACAGAGGCCCGGCAGCGGCGUCGUCAUGGCAACGGGCGCCGGCAGGAAACGAGGGACGCGCGGGAGGGAGGGAGAGGGGAGGGCGCCGAGGGGAGGGGGAGGGACGGGGGAGGGGUCCGGCUGCCCCGGAAGCACCUCCCCACCAGCCCCCUCCUCCAGCCCGGCCCCGCAGCCCCCGGCCUGCAGCCCCCACCCUCUCGGCCCGGCAGGAAGUGACAGGCCCCGAGCGAGCCCCGGAGGCCUGGCGGAGCCGCGGCCGGCCCGCACCCGGAGCGGCGGGAGGGGCGGGGAGCCGCGGCCGCGCCGGGCACCUCCCACCCCGCCCUCGGCGCCCCCGCCCCUCCAGGAAGGGGAGGAGGCGAGGGGAGCCCGCCGCCGAGGCCGAGCGAGCCCCCUGCCCAGCCCGGCGCCCGGGGACCCCGGCACGUGAGGUGGACGCCCCCCGGGAGCGCCCGGGUGCAGAGCCCGGCGCGGAGGUACCUCCCCCAGUUUCUUUCCCUGCCUACCUCCAGCGCUCGCUCUGCGGUCCUUCGCUCCGCCUGUCCGAGUCCUCUCGCUAUUCAUUUCGCUGGGCUCCCUGCUGUCUGUCCGUCCGUCACCCUCCUCGCUUCUGA